AUGGGAAUACCUUGCAGCGUCUCUCUCCGCAAGAAAUCAAACCCUGCUGGACCCAAUAUCCCCGUGUCUUUGCGUCCUACUGCUCUACAACUCACCGUUAACCACCCAUCCUGGAUCGAUCGGUUUCCUUUUCCGAAGAUGAGGGACAACAUGAUCACGCUGAUGAGUAUCAUUGAUGAAGAGGAGUUUGUCGCCGAUUUGUUCACCUUGACGAGCUUUACUCUCGAAUCAGGUGCGCCGUCCUGGGACCCCCGGGCAUGGAAGAUUGGGAAAGAAUUCUCGGCGAAAUGGGGCUAUCUGUUCUACUAA